GUGAGAAGUCGCACAGGUUCUCCUCGCUCCGCUUUGACGCCGGCCGAGCCGCGGCCGCCCCGGAGCGAAAGGAACUAUCAUCCUCUGCCCAGAGACUGCCCUUCUCAGAGAGGACUCUGCCACUGCCCAUGGACCUUUGACUGCUACAUGGACCGAGGUGGGAUUUGCUGUGCUAAACUCUGUCACUAGUGGGCUAGGAACAGGUUGGGGGCAGAGAGAAUCGCUUCCUUCCCUGAAUGAGGGAAGUGUCCAACAAAGAGCUAGCUGCACGAGAGGACCAGGAUGCAGAUGGCUGCCCAUCUCCACAUUGUAUUAGGAAACACGUUCAGUGGUCAAAGUGCAUGCUGACCUCGGAAAGAAAAGAUAUUCAAAUUUGAAGUUCCCACAGCAAGGAAGAGCCCGACCCAUCUCCCUUUUGAACCACGAGGCCGGAGCACCAUGGAUAUCAUAGAGACAGCAAAGCUGGGGGAGCAUUUGGAAACUCAAGCCAAUGACUCUACAAACGCUUACACGAGACCCGCCGAGCCUGUUGAAGAAGAAAACAAAAAUGGUAACGGUAAACCUAAGAGCUUAUCCAACGGACUUCGAAAGGGUACCAAGAAGUACCCGGACUAUGUCCAGAUUGCAAUGCCCACCGACUCGAGGAACAAGUUCCCCCUGGAGUGGUGGAAGACAGGCAUUGCCUUCGUAUAUGCGCUUUCCAACCUGGUCCUGACCACCGUCAUGAUCACAGUCGUCCAUGAGCGGGUGCCUCCCAAGGAGCUGAGCCCUCCACUCCCAGACAAGUUCUUUGAUUACAUUGAUCGGGUGAAAUGGGCAUUUUCUGUAUCAGAAAUCAACGGGAUCAUCUUAGUUGGACUGUGGAUCACCCAGUGGAUGUUUCUGAGAUACAAGUCCAUCGUGGGGCGCAGAUUCUUUUUUAUCAUGGGAACUCUGUACCUGUAUCGCUGUAUCACCAUGUACGUUACCACCCUCCCUGUGCCUGGAAUGCAUUUCCAGUGUGCUCCAAAGCUCAACGGAAACUCUCAGGCCAAAGUAGAGCGGAUUCUCCAGUUGAUCUCUGGCGGAGGCCUGUCCAUAACUGGAUCACAUAUCCUGUGCGGAGACUUCCUCUUCAGCGGUCACACCGUUGUGCUGACACUAACCUACUUGUUCAUCAAAGAAUAUUCGCCUCGGCACUUCUGGUGGUACCAUUUGAUCUGUUGGCUGCUGAGUGCUGCUGGGAUCGUGUGCAUCCUCGUCGCACACGAACACUACACCAUCGAUGUGAUCAUCGCUUACUACAUCACGAGUCGGCUCUUCUGGUGGUACCACUCAAUGGCCAAUGAGAAGAACUUGAAGGUCUCCUCCCAGACUAACUUCUUGUCUCGAACGUGGUGGUUCCCCAUAUUUUAUUUUUUUGAGAAAAAUGUACAAGGCUCGAUUCCGUGCUGCUUCUCGUGGCCCCUGUCCUGGCCCCCUGGCUGCUUUAAAUCAUCCUGCAAGAAGUAUUCCCGGGUUCAGAAGAUUGGUGAAGAUAAUGAGAAGUCCACCUGAGGAGCAAAGACAAAGAGCUCUUAUACCAAAAGAAUUAACGCUGUAACCAAAGGUAUAGUUUUGUGGGUUUUUGUUGUUUUUUUUUUUAAUUGUGGGAGAACUGCCCUGGUCAAUGAAGAAAUGGACCAAAUUGCCUAUCAACGAUCAGAAAAAGAGGAAAAAAAAAGGACAAAGUAUUCUCCCUCGACUUGUUUUUAUUCAUCCUGAGAAAGCUACUUCUCCCCUGCAGCUCUUCCUUCAUGGGCGACGAGCCCCGAGCUGGGAUUUACUAGCGAGCUUGCUAAGAGGUGCCAAAGAACACACAGCUCCUUCCUCCUGCACUCCACUAACGCUCCUCUACUUCAGAAUGGUGGAUUGCUUGUUUGUGUUUUCCUCCCCAAGGUCGGAAGAAUUAUGUUAAUGUUUUAAAUAAAAUAUCUGGAUAUA